CUACGAAGACACUUAUGAUCAAUACCCUGCAACUACUUCAUGUCGUCUACUUUCAGCGGCUCUCAUAGCCGUAUAACAGGAUAAAACCGACUGCAGUGCAGUCCUUUGAUAGAUAGUCAUAUAUCUCAUCAGUCUGCAGGUUGGUAAAUGCCAAUCGUGUUUUCUGUAUCCAAGCUGAGAUUUCGUCAGCAACCACCUCAUUCGAGUUGACCAAACUCUCCAAGUGAGUAAAAUGGUAGAUACAGUAUACUACUUCACUCACUAUCAUUAAACUGGGAGUACUUGCAGCAGAUCAGUCCUGCAGCAUCAUCUUACAUCUGACAGGUGGGAAAUGCUUAACAGCCAAACAUACUCAGGAAGGAUAGCUGUGAGACAGUUAGAAUGUGCUUUUUAGCUGUUACACCUAACGGUCUAGCCACUUAUCCUGACAUAUUAUCGGGAGACCUACCAUCCUCCAUGUUGAUAGUUCCACUCACUAUUCUAAGAGCUUACGGAGAGUUGUCAUGUGAAUUGACGACAACUAGUGAUGUCCGGCAGGGAUGUCCACCGUCACCGUCCCCAUUUAACUUCGUUAUAGACGUAUCAAUGGACAUUACCUUAGAGAUGCCUGAUUUCGCAGGGAUUGAUCAACUUCCUGUUGUUCGUCUGGUUGACUUCGAGUAUGCAGACGAUACUGUCCUACUCGGUGAAGAGGCUGACAAAAUGCAGGGUCUUCUGAAAGCGUGGAGCAGAAACCUGAGUAUGUUUGGCUGUUAUGCAUUUCGCACCCGUCAGAUGUAAGAUGAUGCUCUAAGACUGGUCUGCUGCAAGUACCCCCAGUUUAAUGGUAGGGAGUGAAGUUGCAGUACCUCCGUCAAUCUAAUCAGCAGUUCCCUGUCUCCACCCUAGAAAAAUUCAGGUAGCAAACUGUCAGGUCCUGUUGCUUUGCACCAUUUAAGGUUUAGAACAGCACGCUGAAAUUCGAUGAUGGUUGGAGGA